AGCUUAUACGAAAUGAAUAUAAGAGCCAAAACCCAUCUUCACUGACCUAGUGAGUUGUGAUUAUGAUAUAAAGAAACAAUGAAAAAAAAGUCAGGCAAUCAUGAUGAAUUUGCAUACAAGCAUCCAGAACCACUCCGUUCAUUACUCUAAAAAAUACCCAGAAAAGAUAGAGAUACCUCAUAUUCACCUGACCACCUUUGUUCUGCUUACUGUUCUUGCCCUUCAACUUAAGAUGCCAAGAAGAACUGCAAAUAUCCUUGAAUCAAUGCAUCUGAUGAACACAGGCCAGAUUCUCAGGGAAUCCAUCAGGCUCAUCCUUCUACAUCCUACUCAUUUCCAUUCCAUCUCUAUCUUUCUCUUCUCGCCGCUCCCAGUUUCUCUAUUUUUAUCCCAUCUUCUCAUUCAUCAUUUCCCUCAAAUGCCUUCUUCAGCCAUCACAACAACUUAUCAUUUAAUCGGAUACCCCCUGCCCAAUUUGCUUUCCAAGACAAUACUUCAUAUUAUCAUUAGCUUCCCUUCGUCCAUUACCUUUUCCCUUCUUGGUAGAGCAGCCACUGUCCAGGCAGUUUCUGACAGCUACAAUGGGAUCCAACUUCAUGGAAGAAGGCUGCUCAUGAGAAGUGGGGCUGCAUGGAUUAAGCUUCUCCAUACAACUUUCUGGGAAUUCUGUAUCAUACUCUGCUUUUUUGGAGGUUUGUUAAUCAGUUUGGCAGCAAUGCCCGAGAUGGUACACAAAUGGGGCAUAGUUCUAGGGCUCCUAGGCAUACCUUUCUGUGUUGCAUUUGCUCAUCUGAUGGUAGUAGGAAGCCUAGCGAAGGUUUUAUCAGUUUUGGAGAGUGAAUGUUAUGGAUUGGAGUCACUAUUGAGGGCUAAAAAUCUCAUGGAUGGAAGGAGACAAACAGCCUUGGCUAUGGCUUUGUUGAGUAAUAUGGGUUUCAGACUGGUUGAGUGUGUGUUUGAAUUGAGGAUAUGUAUGGGCAUCUCUCUGUGGGAAGUUCCAAUCUUGGUAUCUAUGUAUUCUAUGGUGCUUGUCUUUGAUACUGUCAUGAAUGCUGUGUUCUAUUAUGCAUGUAAACCAUGAGAUUUCAUCAUCUUUGAACCACAAAUGAACUCAAGAUUCUAUA